AAAGACGACAAGGAAAAGACAUCUGGAAGUGUUGUGAACGAAGAUGAUGAACGGGAGAACGCGGAUGACGAUGGCGAUGAAAUUUCUUCUGGAAGUGUUGAAGAUUUGGACAAACGUAAACAAGUCAAACCCGAGGAAGAAGAGGAUUUUGUGUCCUGGAAAUGCGAAAGAAAUGGAUGUUCAGCUUGUGUAGAUCCCCCUUUUUUUGAUGAAAAAUGUAUUGAGGCCAUGGCGAUAAAGAAAGACACUGGAAUUAUCAUAAGGCUUUCAUAUCUUUCUGACGGAAAAUUGAAAAAGAGCUGGGAGAAAAAAAUAAAUGACCCCAUUGAUUUCACCUACAAGGGCGUUGGAAUCACUUUCUAUGACAUUUCGCUUACCAGAGAGAAGUUUGGUGGUUGUGCGAAACUGAAGUUCGCGGGAUUCUAUGAAAAGAACUUGAAAUGUUUUCAUACUAAGUUCAGAGAUGAAGCUCCACAAGCGGAUGACUAUGUACCGAUCCGUAUCAGACAUGGAAGAUGGCUCCCGGGAAAACCAAAAACAUCAAAACAAUCAAUGUAAACUUGCUCUACUGUGGUAAAGGGAAAACAUGGAAAUGGAAAAGUCGUUACCUUUCAACAUAAAAUUAUUGAAUUGUAAACACCAAAACUGUCUAAUAAACAAAACAUGAAUUAGUGGACAUGUGGCCAAAUAGAGUCAAUAAACACUUCAAUGU